CCACCCCUUCCGGCUCGCCUCCUUACCCUCGGCCUGGAGCAGCAGAUCUGGCGCGCGGCGGAGACUCCCCGGCCCGCAGUCCAGAGCUUAGGGGGCAGUCCUUCCUGUUUGCCUUUCCAGCGAGGGGCCCCGCAGCCUCCUCUGCCCGCGGCCUGGCUUCCUGCUCUCUUCCCAGCCCCCUCCCACAGCCUGGGCCUCUUUCCUCCCUCCCACCUCCAGCCGCCAGGUCCCCAACUGCCCGCCAGGCUUGGGCCUGAGUGGCAGAGGCGCCUGCAGCUGCCAAUCCCAAAAAUAUUCUCUGAUGACACAGCUGGAGGACAAGGGCCCAGACUGGCUCCUCCAGGCUAAGUAUAGAGCAGGCUGGACCACCUGCCCCCCGCCCAAGCCCCAGUUCUAGUUGCAGCCCAACCCUUCGCUUAGGCUAGCCCAGCAGUUGCUUGGUUGAAGGGCUCUCAGAGGGGCUAAGGAAGCUGAUGCAUUCUGUCUUUCUGACAAAAGACACUUUCAGAAACUGGCCAAACCCUGGCCAAGCAGCUCUCAGGCUGCUUCUGUCCCACCUGAGGUCACCUCUGUGCUGGGUGCUGAGACGUGAGACAGUGUUUGUGUGUGUGUGUGUGUGUGAGAGAGAGAGAGAGAGACAGAGAGAGAGAUAGAGAUAGAGAGAGAGAGAGAGAGAGUGUGUGUGUGUGUGUGUGUGUAGGGGGAAGAAGUGUAUGUUUGUAUGUGUGGGUCAGGUCACUCCGGGUGAACAUCCUCCCCAGCCCCCUCUCCCACAUUCUUGGCCCCAGUGGGAGAUAAGGCUCAGGGCCACAGACCUCUGCGUCAGAGAUAGGAGGUCUCAAUGCCAUGGGCAGGGGUGACUUGGACUGCAGGGCGUGGGAAGGGCUGGGGAAGAGGGGUGAGAAGGAUAGAAGAGGGCAGGUGGUGGGAUGGGGAGAGGAGGUUGCAGAGGCCUUGGGCAGACCCUGAUAGAGAGGACACAGGGCAGGGUGUGGGUUCCCCGUUGGUAGGGCCAGGUGAGCUAUGGUACCUCAGCUGCCCCUGCUGCUGCUCUUGCUAUUAGCCCCGCAGGGUGGGCAGGGCUGCCAUGGGCUGGAGCUGGACAGGGAACUUGUCCUGGCCAAGGUGAGGGCCCUGUUCUUGGAUGCCUUGGGGCCCCCAGCAGUGAUGGGGGAAGGUGGGAGUCCUGGAAUCAGGCGGCUGCCCAGAAGACACGCUGUGGGGGGCUUCACACGAAGGGGCUCUGAGCCCGAGGCGGAGGAUGUCUCCCAGGCCAUCCUUUUUCCAGCCACAGGUGCCGGCUGUGAGGACCAGCCAGCUGUUGGAGGGCUGGUCCAAGAGGCUGAGGAAGGUGUCUUCACAUAUGUGUUCCGGCCAUCCCACCACACACGCAGCCGACAGGUGACUUCGGCCCAGCUGUGGUUCCAUACGGGGUUAGACAAGAAGGGCACAGUGGUCUCCAAUAGCUCUGGGCCCCUGCUAAGCCUGCUGGUGCUAUCGUCUGGGGGACCCAUGGCUGUGCCCAUGUCCCUGGGCCAGGCACCCCCUCGCUGGGCUGUACUGCAUCUGGACACCUCUGCUCUCCCUCUGCUGACUCACCCUGUCCUGGUGUUACUGCUGCGAUGUCCUCUCUGUUCCUGCUCAGCCCGGCCAGAGACCACACCUUUCCUGGUGGCCCAUACUCGGGCCAGACCACCUAGCGGAGGGGAGAGAGCUCGGCGCUCCACUCCCCCAAUGCCCUGGCCUUGGUCUCCUGCGGCUCUGCGCCUGUUGCAGAGGCCUCCAGAGGAACCUGCUGCCCACGCCUACUGCCACAGAGCUGCACUCAACAUCUCCUUCCAGGAGCUAGGCUGGGACCGGUGGAUCGUGCACCCUCCCAGCUUCAUCUUUCACUACUGUCAUGGUGGCUGUGGACUGCCCACUCCGCCAGACCUCCCCCUGCCAGUCCCCGGGGUUCCCCCUACCCCUGUCCAGCCCCUUUCUUUGGUGCCAGGGGCCCAGCCUUGCUGCGCUGCCCUCCCGGGAACCAUGAGGCCCCUGCACGUCCGUACCACCUCAGAUGGAGGUUAUUCUUUCAAGUAUGAGACAGUACCCAACCUUCUCACACAACACUGUGCUUGUAUCUAAGGAGUUCUGCUUCCUUAGCCCGAAGCUGGUGACCAAACCCUUACCACUGUCAGCUGGGAGGAAGGGCAGAGUGCAGAAAAUAAAUGGUUCCCCCUUACUCCUUUCUUCUACUUCUCUGCCAGAGGGAUCCCUCCCCAUUCCCCCCACCAUGGACAACAUGUGAUAAUAAAGAACAGUGCAUAUGACUUGG